CAUACAUAACCAAAAAAGUUUUAUUAUUUAUUUUGGUGUCAUUUUAUGUUAAACAAAAACAAAUUUGGGUCUUGUGCAUAAUUAUUUGUUAACAUCUUUAAAAACGCUAUUAUAAAUGGACAGUAGCUCAGAAGAAUUUCUUAUGGACCCAUUUGGGUUUGAUUUGCCAAAAUUCGGAACAUACGGCGACAUGGGCGAAUGGAAACCGAAAAGUAAUUUUAAGAAAUCGAAGCAUUCCAAAAAACCGAGAACCCGCGGGAAGGCAAGGGAGGAGGCCGAGACGUACACUAAUUAUCAGAAUGUGCUAACUAAGAACGAGUCUCUGAAAGGCGAAUGUAAGGAAUUGAAGAAUAUGAAUAAGAAACUCCUGGAACAGAACACCAAGUUGCUGGCGGAGUUGAAAAGGGUGUGUAAGAAUAGCGACAGUGUUGAUGCUUUUCACAAUUCUAUAAAACACGAGCAGAGAACAGUGGGAGUUGUUUUGAGCACAAAUACGUUGGUUAGUUUGUGGACGGAACUGUCGAAAAUUGUUAUUCCCGAGUGUAAAUGUUCGGAUGAUUGAAUGUUUACUUUAUGACUAGUAUAGAAAUCUAGAAAUAAGAGCAUAAUCAUGUACUAUUUUAAUUUAUUGUUUGUAUUGUAUAAAUAGGUAUUGAUUAAAAAUAGAACCUUUCGUUUAA